GCUGGGUCGGGUAUUGGCCAACAAUUGGCACUUUUAUUGGCCAAGGCGGGCUGUCAUGUAUCAUUGAGUGAUGUCAAUGAGCAAGGGUUGGCGAAAACAGUUGAACUGCUACAAGGCACCAAUGUACGUGUCACCACGAAAAAAUUAGACGUCUCAGACCGUUUAGCGAUGCAAGCGUGGGCUGAAGAAACCGUACAAAAUCAUGGUUCUGUGAAUAUGAUUUUUAAUAAUGCCGGCGUUGCUUUGGGUUCAACCGUAGAAGGUGCAUCCUAUGAAGAGCUGGAAUGGAUCGUGGGGAUUAAUUUCUGGGGUGUGGUCUAUGGCACCAAAGAGUUUUUGCCUUAUAUUAAGAAAACAGGCGAUGGGCAUAUCAUCAAUAUUUCAAGCUUGUUUGGUUUGACUGCUCAACCGACCCAGUCUGCCUACAAUGCAACUAAGUUU